AUGGCUACACCAGGAGCUUACCUGAUUCAAGAUCAGAAUAUAAGUGUACACUAUGAUGGGGCUUCUCUGGUGGGGAAGAAUGGUAUCUACAAGGCACAGAAGAAAGGAGGAGGAGGGAUUGGUGGGAGAAAAGCGCUUAAUGAUAUCUCAAACUCGGCAAAGCCUUCUGCUCUACAAGCAUCAAAGAAAAAUAAUUCCACCAAUAGAAUUUCUAUUGGGAAAGAUUAUGAUGCCUCUAGAAAGAAAUUUAGUGCAGGAACGAAAGCUAACUAUUCUAAAGGUCUGGAGAAAAAGGGUGGCAGGAAAGCACUAGCUGAUCUUACAAACUCAAGCAAGUCGUCGUCUGUUGCAAAAGAACAAUUUCUCCAUAAUCAUCAGAAUUGCGUCAAAGCACAGAGAAAGGUGAUGGACAUGAGUUGUUUUCUGAAUGAAAUUGGAUUAGAUCAUGAUGAUGUCCCUGUGCAUCUAGGAGCAUCUCCACAUGCACUAAAACCAUCAAUGAAGUCGAAGUCAUCAACAUAUCAGCCAGAUAGCCCAAUGAAACAUUAUGCCGAAGUGGAAGAGAUGCCAGAACUGAUGUUUUAUGAUGAGUUUCAGCUCUGUACUAUUGCAUAGAUCAACAAG